CCGGAAACUACGUCUCCCUAGGUUACCGUCAACAAAUAGUACCUCCACCCGAGGUUAACGUUUAAUGUAUCCAUCUGUUAUCCAAUCCGCUUCCUCUGAUCAGAUAGUCAUUUUAUAUUUGCAGAAACGACUAUAUGUAGAGUGAUAGUACAGUAGUGGUAAAGUAUAUGAGAACUCUGGGCGCUCCUUGUCGACUUGUUGCUGCUAGCAAAACGUAAUGAGCAUGCUAAAUCUUAGCAAGGAAGCCUGAUUAUCGUUUCAGACAUGACGAAUCAAGCAUUCGACAUUCUUGCUUACUCGCAAAGUCCCAAAACAACAAAAAGAGCAACGUUCCAGGAUGAACUUGAAGCUGCUCUCAACGUCAGAGCUAGAAAAACAACACUUUUGUAUUCAGGAGAUCUGGAUGAGGAUGGCGACGAUUUUUUGGGCAACCUUCUUAAAUCAAGAAGAAACAGGUCUGAUGCAUUCAAAGCCAGCAAGACGAAAAGCCAAAUCAACGACUUUGACUUCUCUGAUGAUGAUGAAAAACAAGGGACGAAAAAUAGGACUUCCUUCUUGAAAUCCCUGAAAAGACUUUCUGUGGAGGGAGAUCCGAUUGCACCACAGCAUGAACAGGAGACUUUAAACAGUGGUCAGUUAUCCAGUGAAGAUGACAUACGGCACAAAAAGGAUGCUGUCAAAUUGGCGAGCCAUUGUCCUCCACGAGACAACUCGAGUACAUCACGAUUAUCCCAGUCAGAUGAUGUUCCUCUGGACUUGCCCUUUCCUUUCCACAGCAGUACAUCUCCAGCACCAAUUAGGCCUGAGAGUAGAGCAGACAUCAAUGGUAACACAGGUUGUGAAGAAAGCUUCCGGACUUCAUUAGACACUGACCUUAAAUGUGUGACAACCACUGGUAUUGAGCGGGAGACACCCAAACCCAAACCAAGACAAAGGACAUUGGGACUGAAAAUCCAUGUGACAGAGAAAACAGAAACGUCUCCAUCAGCUCCCAUCACUGACAUCUCAACUCCUGAAAGGAUUUCAAGGAGCUGCAGUCCCCACUUGACGGACGGACACUGUGCUGGGUCACCUGCUUCAAAUAGCGUCACUUUAGGUGAUGCCAAAGAACAACAGAGGGAAGGAGACUCCACAUCCGUGAACAACGAUGUUGUUUUGCAAGAGUCAGGAGAACACUCCGUUGCUCAAGUCACUCCAGUUCUAAACAAAUCUGAUAUCCGGGCACCCAGUUCUCAGUCUCAGAGACGCAACACUGCGCGCACCAAAAAGGUUGAAUCAAAGUACCUGGGAUCCCUCAAAAUUCUGGAUUGUAAAGUUUCCCCAAAUUGUCAACCACAAGCUGUCGAUUCUCUCAGGGCCACUGUUUACCAGGAAUGGCUCAGAAAGAAAAAGGAAAAGUCCUCAGAGAACUUAAACAAAGAGAAGAUUCUGCAAGAACAAAACAAACAGAGAGAAGAAGAAAAAAAGAAAGGUGCUGCCAAUUCGUACGAGGCUUGGAAAGAAAAGAAAGAUGAGAUGCUCAAAGCAAAAACAAAGGAAGACAAACAUAGGUUGAGGGAGGAGCAGAAAGCGGUGGAAGAGGUACAGGAAAAAAGGAAAGCGGCUGAACAGGUGUUUCAUCAAUGGAAGCGUGAGCAUGAUGACAUACUGCGAGAAAAGUGCCGACAACAAAGAGCAACCGAGAAGAAGCUUGCACUGAAGAAACACGAGGAGGAGGAAGAAAGAAAGACAGCCAGCAAGUCUGCUUUUUCGGACUGGUGUGGAAAGAAGACAGAUGCCCUGUACAAAAAAGUUACGAUAGAACGGCAGGAACACAAGAAUAAAGCUGAGGAGAAUCGAUAUAUCCAAGAGGAGAAGGAUAAAAUGGCUGUCGAGAUGUUUGAACAGUGGCUGGCAAAGAAGGAGAUUCAACAAAAGCGACAAAGAGAAGAAAAGCGACUCCAAGUGAUACUGCGAGACAGUCCGCCCCCACCAUGGAGCCCUCCCAAUAAAACCAUUCAAUUUCGAAAGUAACAUUUGAAACGUGAGAUGUCCAUGCAGAGUUAAAUUUCAUGCAAAUGGCUUGGGGUCAAUGCAUGAUGACUGGCUGUUGACCAGUCAAGAGUGUAACUGAAAAAAGCUCCUGCCACUCCAAAACGGGUAAUUGGAUGCAUAUAGUUUGAUUUGAAUAUUUAGAAUACAGACGAAAAAGUGUUCCAUUUUAUUCUGGAUGUUCAUGUCAAUAUAAAAUAGAACCGUAAGACAUCACAGAAAUGGAUUAGGUUGGUUUCAUAGUGUUUUUGUAAUUUCAGUUUUGUUUAUUGUCUUUACCCCAAGAAAUAUUUCCUAAAAUAAAAUGUAUCAAUUGAG